UUAUGUCAUUUUUGAAAUUCAUUGAGCUUCUUAUUGGUUCGAUUCAGCUUUUUUUUUUUAAUUUGUAUUACAUAUUUUUCUGAUUCCAAAUGCUGGUUUGUUUAUAGAGUUUUUUCUUUUUUCUUUCUUCAUUCAAUCGAAUUCUUAUAUGGGAUAAUCUAAGAGAUGGCGAGGUGGGGUUUAUUUUUCCUAAUGAGUUCAUUUAAUGCUUUGUUUUAUCACUGGGAAAACUGAAUAAAUAUCAAAAUUUCUUUUGGAAAAAUAAUGCCAGGUUAUUGACAAUGGAAAUUAAAAUUUUCUGUUUUUUCAUAUUUUCUUCACCUUUUCUUUUAAAUGAAGCUGUAUUAUACUCAAUUUUUGCGGUUAUAUUUGAUUGCGACAGGUGACAUCUGGGGUUUUUGAAUGAUCUAACCUAAGUGGAGUGGCAGAACUUUUUUAAUAUAUUUAGUUGAUUCUUAAUUCAUUUGAUGCUCAAAAUAUUGUUCACAAAAUAGUUUCAUGUGGUAAACCUGAGCAAAUGAUAUAGUUGCAUAAAUUGAUGGAAAAAGAAGGCACUUAUUGGGCAUUGGCGAGUUGUGUUCUAAUGCAGUGCAUAGAUGGCUCUAACUUAGAAUAAGAAAGGAUAUGGUAGAGAGUAAUUUUAAUAAAGAAACAGUUGGAUGCACGGGGACAACUGAUACUCAGACUGGAAAUCAAGGUUCAGGUCUUCGCAGGGAGCCUUCCUUCUCUCGCUGGGUCGAUGACGAUGGGACAAUCCAUUUGGAAAGCCGUUCAGAGAAUAGUGAUUCAACUGUAGAAGACUCUGAUUUUGAGUUACCUAUGCUUAAUCAGAGUGAGUUACAAAAUGGGUUUGUUGAAGGGGUUAGAUACAGUAAAUUUUCAGAGCAAAGUAUGCACUUGAAUGGUAGUAGAACCAUGGAAGACAGACAUGGAGGAGAUAGAGAUGGAAAAUAUGAACCUUUUGAUAUUGAAAAUGAGUAUGCUGGGGACAUAAGAUCAUCAAAUAUUGGUAUUGAUGGAGCCAAUUCUACUGGCAAUCCAAAAGCAUUGUCACUGAAUUCUAACAGCCCUGUUUCUUCAGUGGAUGUGUUGAAGACAUUGUUCUUUAUACUUGUAUGGUACACUUUCAGCACAUUUUUGACCUUGUACAACAAAACCUUGUUGGGAGAUGACUUGGGAAAGUUUCCAGCUCCCUUAUUGAUGAAUACUGUUCACUUCACCAUGCAAGCUGUUUUAUCAAAGGUGAUCACGUGGUAUUGGUCUCAUAGAUUUCAGCUUACCGUUCCAAUGUCAUGGAGGGAUUACUUCUAUAGAGUUGUACCUACGGCUCUUUCAACAGCACUGGAUGUUAAUCUGAGCAAUGCAUCCCUGGUUUUCAUAUCUGUUACUUUUGCUACAAUGUGUAAAUCUGCAGCACCUAUAUUUCUUCUCCUAUUUGCAUUUGCAUUAAGGUUGGAAUCUCCAAGCCUUAAGCUAUUAGGAAUUAUCUUGGUAAUCUCUGUUGGGAUUCUAUUAACAGUUGCAAAGGAGACAGAUUUCGAGUUUUGGGGUUUUGUUUUUGUCAUGCUUGCUGCUGUUAUGUCUGGUUUUCGCUGGUGCAUGACUCAAAUACUUUUGCAGAAAGAAGCCUAUGGAUUGAAAAACCCACUUACCUUCAUGAGCUACGUGACUCCAGUGAUGGCAGUUGUGACAGCUCUUCUUUCUCUCUUCUUGGAUCCAUGGGAUGAUUUCCAGAAGAACAAAUAUUUUAACAGUUCAUGGCAUAUUGCUCGAAGUUGCUUGUUGAUGCUUUUUGGUGGAACACUGGCAUUCUUUAUGGUUUUAACAGAGUACAUCCUCGUUUCUGUAACAAGUGCAGUUACAGUGACAAUAGCUGGAGUUGUGAAGGAGGCUGUCACCAUAUUGGUUGCAGUAUUUUACUUCCAUGAUGAGUUUACCUGGUUAAAAGGAGCUGGACUCUUCACAAUCAUGGUUGGAGUCAGCUUAUUCAACUGGUACAAAUACCGAAAGCUGCAGAAGGGUAAACAAGAAGUAGAUGAAACAGCGGGGUCAUCCCCAACUAAGCAUGCUGCGAAGUACGUCAUUGUUGAGGAGAUGGAGGAUCAAGAUGAUGUCUCUAGAGAGCUUUAGAGAUCAUACAAUGUCCAUUCGGUAAACCUAUUUUAACAGGAGAUACUGAGCAGAGUACUGCCAGCUUUUAGCUCUCAGGGUUCUCCGGUUACUUUGCUUGAUGCAAACUGUGCGUGUAGUUUACCUACUAUAAUGUUGGUGGCUAAACAGGAAGGUUUCCUACAUUAGUACAAGUCACAAACAAUUUUUUGACAUUUUGCUGUUCAUUUUAAAGUGGAAAACAGGUUUGUAUGAAAUGUUUCAUCAAGUUUUCAGUAGGGGGAAUGCCUUUUUUCAUAAAUAUGCGAUUUCCCAUACCUAGUUUAAUGUUAGUUUGAUUGUCAUUAUUUUCACUUGACAUUUCUUAAGAAAUUGAAGAUACAUAUUGUUAUAAUGAGUUGUAGUAGAUCAAGUUGCAGAUUAUAAUCCUAGAUCCAUAUUUUUAUGCCAUCAUGUUAGACGGUUGUUGUUGUUGCACUGAAUGUAAAUAAGUUUGAGUGUAAUUUUCAUGAAACUCAGUUUAAAGGCCUUAAUGGUAGAUGAAAAUUUUUUUAAUUCUUUUUUAAACUUUCCUUUUUUUAUUAUUUUUUUAAAAACGAAAAUAUCAAUAGAGUUUUAGGGUGUUUGAGAGAGGAAUUUUGGAAUUUUUAAAAAUUUAAAAAUGCAAGCGUAUU